UACAUAGCAUAACCGAACUCCUAAGACGCGUCGCUUUAGUCGAACUUAUAUAUCUACAAAAUAUACAUAUAUAUAUACAACACACAUUACAUGUACAUGCGUAUUACACUACACAUCAAAAAUUAUGCUUUAGCACAGUGUGCUCCCGUGGAAGAUAAGUGAAAUUGCAUUGAGCCGAACCCAAGUAUAAUUUUCUCUCGCGAGUAUAAGGCUAGAGACAGUGUAAUAUACAAAAUAUCGAGCGUCAACACAGUAGUUGAGCAAACACUGCGUAAGAGCGAGAGAGAGAGAGAGAGAGAUAGAAAGAGAGGAGCCUAUAUAGAUACAAGUAUUAUUCUGUGCGAGUGAGACGAGUAGCUACUUCGCAGGCAAAAUGGCAGCAAGCGACUCGACCGCUGACGACAGUCUUUAUCCCAUUGCUGUGCUCAUUGAUGAGUUGAAAAACGAAGAUGUUCAGCUUCGAUUAAACUCAAUCAAGAAGUUAUCAACGAUUGCUCUUGCACUCGGAGUUGAAAGAACUCGAACAGAACUCAUACCAUUUUUAACAGAAACUAUAUAUGAUGAAGAUGAGGUUCUUCUGGCACUUGCUGAACAGUUGGGUACAUUCACACCGCUUGUUGGAGGACCAGAUUUUGUGCACUGUCUACUACCUCCCUUGGAAUCUUUGGCCACUGUAGAAGAAACUGUAGUGAGAGAUAAAGCUGUAGAAUCAUUGAGAAAUAUUGCUAGCCAACACAGUCCAGUUGAUUUAGAAGAACAUUUUGUACCACUAGUGCAACGUUUAGCUUCUGGUGAUUGGUUUACAUCCAGAACUUCAGCUUGUGGGUUGUUCAGUGUCUGCUAUAACCGCGUUAGCCAACCAAUCAAAGCUGAUUUGAGAAAUCAUUUCCGCAACUUAUGUCAAGAUGAUACUCCUAUGGUUCGUCGCUCCGCAGCUGCAAAAUUGGGAGAAUUUGCAAAAGUUGUUGAAAAUGAAUACUUAAAAGCUGAUCUAAUUGCUAUGUUUGUCAUUAUUGCCCAAGAUGAACAGGAUUCAGUACGUUUACUGGCAGUUGAUGCCUGUGUUAGCAUUGCGACGUUACUUCAACAGGAAGAUGUUGAGCAGCUGGUUAUGCCAACGUUACGUCAGUGUGCAACAGAUCAGUCAUGGCGCGUGCGUUAUAUGGUUGCUGAAAAAUUCACUGAUCUUCAAAAAGCUGUUGGUCAAGAAAUAACUCGUACCGAUCUGGUACCUGCCUUCCAGGUCCUGUUGAAAGAUACAGAGGCAGAAGUAAGAGCUGCUGCAGCAGAUAAAAUCCGCGAAUUUUGUCAAAACAUUGACCCUUACUAUCAAGAGAGUAUAAUAAUGACAAAUAUAUUACCAUACGUCAAAGAACUUGUUGCUGAUCCAAAUCAACAUGUUAAAUCAGCAUUAGCCAGUGUCAUCAUGGGUCUCAGUCCUAUACUUGGGAAAGUAAACACCAUCGAGCACUUAUUACCUUUAUUCUUAUCUCAACUCAAAGACGAAUGCCCCGAAGUUCGCUUGAACAUAAUAAGUAAUUUAGAUUGUGUGAACGAAGUUAUUGGUAUUCAACAGCUGUCACAAUCGCUUUUACCGGCAAUUGUUGAGCUGGCAGAAGAUUCGAAGUGGAGAGUUCGAUUGGCUAUUAUUGAGUACAUGCCGUUAUUAGCUGGUCAGCUUGGAGUGGAAUUCUUUGAUGAAAAAUUGAAUUCAUUGUGUAUGACUUGGUUGGUCGAUCAUGUUUACGCCAUCCGAGAGGCAGCCACGCUCAAUCUUAAAAAGCUUGUUGAGAAAUUUGGACCAGAAUGGGCACAAAAUACAGUGAUUCCGAAAGUUUUAGCCAUGUCUAGAGACCAGAACUAUCUUCACAGAAUGACCUGCCUCUUCUGUAUAAAUGUAUUAGCCGAAGUUUGUGGUCCAGAAAUUACGACGGAUGUCAUGCUUCCCACAGUCUUGAGCAUGGCCAAUGACAAUGUAGCGAAUGUUAGGUUCAACGUCGCCAAAACUUUGCAACGGAUUGGACCACAUCUGAAACCAGCUGCAGUUCAAACACAGGUUAAACCUGUUCUUGAUAAAUUAAAUACGGAUACCGAUGUUGACGUCAAAUUCUUUGCAUCUGAGGCGAUUGCUGGCAUUGCAGCAUAGGUUGAAGUAAUUUUUCACCGAGUGCAUUUACCACGUACCCUCAAGUAAACGACGACAGUUUACAUGAACAAAAUCAACACAUGGUUUCCACAAAAUAACAGUACUUUUGUCAAACUCUUCUUUAUAAAUGUGAAUAACAUUAUUUCAAGAUGAGAACCAAUGACAAAAGAAAAAAUAUUGCAUAAACUUUUUAGAGAAUAAACAUUACACAACUUUUCAGUUUUGUUGUAUUUGUAUAUCUUAAUAUAAUAUUAUUAUAAGUAUUGAAUAUUCGAAUUUAUUGGUAACAUGUAUCUCGUAAAUAUUCAAGUGAUUCUCUUAUUAUUAAAUAAAAAAAUCUAAAUCACAA